CGAGGCAAAAGUUUUCUGCCAACUAAGCGACAGACAAAGGGCGGAGAGUCUCUGGGGAGAUAGACAAAAGGUGGAGAGAAAGGACCAAAUCAAAUGCCGGCACAAACAACUUGGAAUGCACUCACUGAGAGUGCUCCACUUGAAAAUACCCUAUAGGAAAACAUAAACAGAGAGCAAGUUGUUGUUGUUGCCUUGGAUGAAGAGGCGUAUAUAAUCGCAUAUAUACCCAAUACCAAUACGAAAUAUUUACUGUUACAUAUGCAGGCGUUAGCUGGCCAUCGCCUUAGCGCUAGCUACAGGGUAUUGCAAAGCUGUACUUUGCCAAACGCUUGCAACUUAGGACACGCCCCCAGCCCGAUUGUUCCAUUGUUCCCAUUAUGCCUACCUUUUCUGCCUGCGCUCUGCAGCAUCUUCGGCCUCUCUUGCUCUUCUCCACUUGUUUUCAUCUCUGCUCGUUGUCGAUUCUCCCACUGCAUUGCAUUUUUUAUAUUUACGCCUUUUUCUAGCAGUUGUCAGCCGGAUUUGUCGAGCAUCGCCUGCCGACUGCCACUUGGGCGCAUUGUCUUGUUGAGGAUUUUGCAUAUUGCGAGGUCUUUUCCAAUGUCAUUAGCAUAAUGGGGCCAUUAGGUUGCCACCCGACCCCCUCCGACCAACCCCUUGACACUGAUUGCAUGCUUAACGAUAAAGCAGCUCUGACUGCCAAUUCAAUUAGCUGCAAUUGCGAAAUGAUGCACAGCAGCAGCAAGAGUAGCUCUCUUAAAGCCGAAACGGGGCAUUCUAUCUAAAUUUUAAAUCUUUUAUCUUCUAGAAGCUCUAACAAAGUAGAGUGCUUGGCUAGGGGACAACCUGCAAGGUUUCUUAUGCGAGUGCUACCUUAAUCAAAAAUACAUACUUCUUAUAUAAACAUAAGAAAUACUUAUCUACAAAGUCAACUUCUACAAAAGCCUCAUUAUGUUAACUAUAUAAUGUUGCUAUUCAUGAGUCUGAUAAAGUGGACUUAGCUCGGCUUGAAGCUCAUUGAGCUAAAUGCCACAUCAAAAGCGAAUUUCGGUGGCUACAUAAAAUCAACAUAAUUAUUGCAAAUUAGGUAAAUAACUUAUAAAAUGGGGGAUAAGAGGAAUGAAUGGCGGAACUGGGAAGAAGCCAGUCAACACUUGAGCGGAACUGUUUACUAAUUGGAAACGCUUUAAAUGCCGCCCUACAAGCAGGCAAAAGUUUUUGCUUUAACUCAUUUCAAAGUAAUUUACCGCAGCCCCAAAAACCAAAGCAACUUCCAGUUGGGGGUCGACAGCUUGGCGAGAGGUGGCUUCAGUGGUCGAGAGGGAGUGUGGCAUGUGGGGUGCGGGAAGUAGGAACGACAUAGUUAACAUUUUAUUAGUAACCAAAAAUGUAACACAUCAAUUUUCAAUUCAAUUUCAAUUUUCAAGGCGUUUUCCUGCCAAGAUACCAUGUGAAACGCCUCACCAUGGGCAUUGGACUGCUGCGUGGCACUGAGGACAGCCGCCCCCUGGUCCACAACACGUGCUCCUCCUCCCUGAACUCGGGCUCAUCGCAGACCAUAUCGGAUGGCUAUGUGAACGAGGCCAUCUGCGAGCCGGACAAGUAUGUGGCUAGCAAAUUCGGUGACUCCUGUCGCCAGUCGCUGACGGCUCUGGAAACGGCCACUCAGCGCUUACAGUCAGAGCUACCCAACAGCAAGAAAUAUUUGAGGGAAACAUGCAGCGCCAACUCCAGUCCGAAACUGUUUGCAGCGAGUUCCCCCUUGCGCCUGGACAACCUCAGCCUGGCCGAACAGCAGGAGCUGAAGGGUGCCGCCUGGUAUCAGGCGGGCAUACCCAGGGAGAUCUCACUGGAAGUGCUAUCCCGCCAGAGUCCAGGCGCAUUCCUAGUGCGCCAAAGCAGCACCAAGCCGGGCUGCUUUGCAUUAUCCCUCCGUGUGCCACCACCCGCGCCACGCGUGGCACACUACCUGAUACUGCGAACCCAGCGCGGCUAUAAGAUCAAGGGCUUCACCAAGGAGUUUAGUUCGCUGCGAGCAUUGAUCACGCAUCAUUCGGUAAUGCCAGAGUUGUUGCCUGUGCCACUCACCCUGCCACGCCCCCCGCAUAUACGCGCCCACACACAAAACUAUGGCCACGGGGGCGGAAACGGAAAUGGGGGUGGAGGGGACUUUGAGAUGUACGGAUCGCUGAAUGAUUUUCGCAAAAUGAUGGCCGAUUUGAAUGUGUGACACAGCGGCAGGCAUGAUGAAAGCGGGAGCAGCUAAUUAAUUAAGUAAUUAUUGGCAUAUUGAUUGAAUUAAGCUCGCAAUCGGGAGUCGGGACAGGAUGACAAACUGAUUAAUUUGCCUAAUUGGCUGUGCUGGCGGUUGACGUAGCGACAGAAAACAGAAAAAAAAUAACAAGGAAAUAGCCCAAAACCCAAACACAAAAAGAAAAAAAAACAGCGUCGUAAAAAAUUAUAAUACAAAAUCCAUUGAACUGAGAGAGGGACGAAACAAAAAACAACAAAGUAUGCAACAUGAAAUCCCUAUGAAUCAAAAUUCCAAAAGUCCAAUGCUAUUAUUUUGCACAUUAAUACGCACUGUCUUUCUGGGGAAAACGGGUAUACGCGGUCGCUUUAAAGUUUUCUUUUAUUAUACUAAAUCCACAAAUAUCCAUAUUGUAUAAAAUUAUACGAUAUAUACCUUGAAGUGUAGUCUAAAGUAUAAGAGUAUAGAUCGAAAGAAUUA